UGUCACGCCCCCGGGCUUGUUGCGGAGGAGGAGCGGGCGCCAUGGCGGUUCUGCUGGAGACCACUUUGGGCGACGUCGUCAUCGACUUGUACACCGAGGAGCGGCCGCGCGCCUGCUUGAAUUUCCUGAAGUUGUGCAAAAUAAAAUACUACAAUUAUUGCCUUAUUCACAAUGUACAGAGGGAUUUUAUCAUACAAACUGGUGAUCCUACAGGGACUGGUCGUGGAGGAGAGUCUAUUUUUGGUCAACUGUAUGGUGAUCAAGCAAGCUUUUUUGAGGCAGAAAAAGUACCGAGAAUUAAGCACAAGAAGAAAGGCACUGUGUCCAUGGUGAACAAUGGCAGUGAUCAGCAUGGAUCUCAGGUUAGGAAAUGCCAUUUAAUUUGUGUUUAUUUUGUAAGGAUAAAUCAUACAGUGAUUUUAGAUGAUCCAUUUGAUGACCCUCCUGAUUUAUUAAUUCCUGAUCGAUCACCAGAACCCACAAGGGAACAAUUAGAUAGUGGUCGAAUAGGAGCAGAUGAAGAAAUUGAUGAUUUCAAAGGAAGAUCAGCUGAAGAAGUAGAAGAAAUAAAGGCAGAAAAAGAAGCUAAAACUCAAGCUAUUCUUUUAGAGAUGGUGGGAGACCUACCUGAUGCAGAUAUUAAACCUCCAGAAAAUGUGCUGUUUGUUUGUAAAUUGAAUCCAGUGACCACAGAUGAGGAUCUGGAAAUAAUAUUCUCAAGAUUUGGGCCAAUAAGAAGUUGUGAAGUUAUCCGAGAUUGGAAGACAGGAGAGUCCCUCUGUUAUGCUUUUAUUGAAUUUGAAAAGGAAGAAGAUUGUGAGAAAGCAUUCUUCAAAAUGGACAAUGUACUUAUAGAUGACAGAAGAAUACAUGUGGAUUUUAGCCAGUCUGUUGCAAAGGUUAAAUGGAAAGGAAAAGGUGGGAAAUACACUAAGAGUGAUUUCAAGGAAUAUGAAAAAGAACAGGAUAAACCAUCUAAUUUGGUUCUGAAAGAUAAAGUAAAGCCCAAACAGGAUGCAAAAUACGAUCUUAUACUAGAUGAGCAGGCAGAAGACUCAAAAUCAAGUCACUCACACACAAGUAAAAAACACAAGAAGAAAACCCGUCACUGCUCUGAAGAAAAAGAAGAUGAAGACUACAUGCCAAUCAAAAAUACCAACCAGGAUAUCUACAGAGAAAUGGGGUUUGGUCACUAUGAGGAAGAAGAAAGCUGUUGGGAGAAACAAAAGAGUGAAAAGAGAAGCCGGCCUCAGAACCGAAGCCGUAGCCGAUCUCGAGAACGGGAUGGCCACUACAGUAAUAGUCACAAAUCCAAAUACCAAACAGAUCCUUAUGAAAGAGAAAGGAGUAAAAAACGAGACCGAAGCAGAAGUCCAAAGAAAUCCAAAGAUAAAGAAAAAUCUAAGUACAGAUGAAAGAUAAGAGGCAGAAAUGAGUGGCUGACAUACUCACCCUUGUCUGACUUAGAGUACCAGGAAAGCAGGUGUUCAGAUUUUGUGUCAAAACAGUUAAAGGCUGUGCUUGUUAUUUUUCUCAUACUAGGAUAUGGCCCUUUUAGAUUAAUACUGAUUGUAUAGGGCACUGAAAGAUAAAGAAUUGAACAUUUUCUUUGUAUACAUUUUUCACAUUAAUUUUAUUGUUAUAUAUAAAUGGUAGUCUUCAUUUUUAAGUCACAUUUUCACUCUUUUUUAAAUGAAGUAUUUCAUACUACAAAAAAUAUAUAAACAUGUAUAAAUAAAGUAUAAAGAAUAAUAAAUGUAAAUAUCUGUGUACCCAUCAGCCAGCUUAAGAAAUAGACUAUUACCUACAUUUUAGAAGUCCACUAUGGGCUGUCUCCCUCUCAAGUAAUUAUUCUGCAUUUUGUGUUUGUCAUUGUUAUUAUAGUUUUACAACAUAUGUAUCCCUAAAUGAAAUCUUAAUUUUGUAUGUUUUUGAAUUUUAUAUAUGGCAUAAUAUAUGUUUACUUCUGUGACUUUCUUUUUCCAAUGUAGCAUUUUUUGAGAGCCAUUCAUUUUUUAUUGCUAUAUAGUGUUACAUGAAUAUGCCACAAAUUAUUCUUCUGUUGAUGGACAUUUGGGUUUUGUGUUUGUUUUGUUUUCACUGUUGCAAAUGAUGCUGCUGUGAACAUUGUCUAUUUAGGCGUGAUAUUGCUUGGUCAUGUGGUAUGGGUAUCUUCAUCUUUCCAAGAUAAUGCCACAUUUUAUUCUGAAACAGCUGUACGGCACACUGAGUAGCUGUUAUUUCACAUCAUCUCCAACAGUUGUUAACACACUGACUGCCGCACUAGGGGAAAAAAAAAUUUUUCCCUGGGGCUAUGAUAUUUUAUUAAAACUGUGCUUUCUAAUUUGUUAUUUUUUAUUGUUUUCUGUGGGUGAGUUAUAUGCAAUGCAAUCCAUGUUUUUAGGAUUAAAUUGUUAGUGUUAAUUGUAAAUAAGAACAUCAACAAGAUUUUCGCAAACCAACUAUAGAGUUUUGCUUCACAAGGCACCGGGCUCAAAACUAGCCUGAGUUAAAUAUAACUCAAAUAGUAGUCAAUGUAUUAAAUUUGGACUUUUAAAUUUUGCCAUUCUAAUGGACGUUAAGUGGUUAUCUUAUGAUUUCCAGCAAGAAGACUACUGUUCUUACUUUUGUUCUUCUCUGUGUAAAGUUGUUUUUUUUUUCUGGCUGCUUUUAAGGUUUUUCUCUUGAUCACUGGUUUUAAGCAAUUUCAUUAUGAUGUUCAUGAUACAGUUUUCUUUCAUGUCUCUUCUGCUGUGGCUAUUUACCUGUUUAUUGUUUUCAUCAAAUUUGGAAAUUCUGA